AUGGAGAAGCAAUCACUAACUAUUAUUGGUGAUGAAGAAGUGACAGUUCGUAAGUCAUCAAAAUUUCAUCCAAGCAUUUGGGGUGAUUAUUUUAUCCAAAAUUCCUCGCUCUCUUAUGCGGAGGAGUCCACCCAAAGGAUGAUAAAGAAAGUGGAAGAAUUAAAGGUGAAAGUAAUGAGCAUGUUCGAGGAAACUAGUGACAUAUCACAACUUAUGAAUUUGAUUGAUUCAAUUCAAAUGCUUGGAUUGGACUACCAUUUCGAGAAUGAAAUAGAUAAAGCACUAAGAUUGAUCUAUGAAGUUGAUGAUAAGAGCUAUGGGCUUUACGAAACUUCUCUAAGAUUUCAAUUGCUUAGGCAACAUGGAUAUCAUGUUUCUGCAGAUAUGUUUAACAAGUUCAAAGAUGACAAUGGAAGCUUUAUAUCUUCCUUGAAUGGAGAUGCCAAGGGAUUAUUAAGCUUAUAUAAUGUCUCGUAUCUUGGAACACAUGGAGAGACUAUACUUGAUGAAGCCAAGUCUUUUACAAAACAUCGGCUUGUAUCCUUAUUGACUGAACUUGAACAAUCUUUAGCUGCGCAGGUCUCUCUUUUCCUUGAGUUACCACCAUGUCGAAGAAUCAAAAUUCUCUUGGCAAGAAAAUAUAUACUUAUUUAUCAAGAAGAUGUGAUGAGAAACAAUGUCAUAUUAGAACUUGCAAAGUUGAAUUUCAAUUUACUACAAUCUCUUCAUCAAGAAGAACUGAAGAAAAUUUCAAUGUGGAAUCCUCAAGCCGUUUAUUGUUUACCAGAAUACUUGAAAGAUUAUUAUCUCAAGCUAUUAAUGACUUGUGAAGAAAUUGAAGAAGAGUUGGAACCCAAUGAGAAAUACCGUAUGCUAUAUCUUCAAGAUGAAAUAAAGGCUCUGGCGAUAUCUUAUCUUGAAGAAGCUAAGUGGGGUAUCGAGCGACAUGUGCCAUCACUUGACGAACACUUGCAUAAUUCGUUAAUCUCCUCUGGGUGUUCUGCAGUCCCUUGUGUCUCUUAUGUAGGUAUGGGAGAAGUGGCAACAAAAGAGGUAUUUGACUGGCAUUCUAGUUUUCCCAAGGCUGUAGAAGCUUGUUGUGUGAUUGGUAGACUCUUGAAUGAUAUAAGAUCACAUGAGCUAGAGCAAGGGAGAGACCAUACCGCAUCUACAGUGGAAAGUUACAUGAAAGACCAUGACACAGAUGCAAAAGUUGCAUGCAAGAAGCUGCGAGAGAUAGUAGAGAAAGCAUGGAAGGAUCUAAACAAAGAGUCUCUUAAUCCAACAAAAGUACCUCGACUUAUAAUUGAAAGAAUAGUCAACUUUUCAAGAUCAAUGGAAGAAAUAUACAAGUACAAUGAUAUGUACACAAAUUCCGACACUAAGAUGAAAGAUAAUAUCUCUUUAGUGUUGGUUGAAUCUUUUCCCGUAUAAGAGUCUGACUUCUUCAAUAAGUCAUAGUGAGCAGAGCAUGUUGAAGAUUAUUAGAGGCAACCGUCACACUGUGACGAUGCUCAA